GGGACUGGGACUGCUGCAUUCCCUCACAGCUCCCCUGCCAUUUCUCUUCUCUCUGCAGGCUCCAGUUCAACUUCUGCCUUCCAGCCGUGAUCAUCCCAGCCUGCAGGAGAGCAGCAAAUGGCCGCAGCACAUCCAGUUGAGGAGCCCGUGAGCUUUGAGGAGGUGGCCGUGUAUUUCAGCAGGGAGGAGUGGGCGCUGCUGGACCCUGUGCAACGAGAGCUCUACCGGGACGUGAUGUUGGAGACAUACCAGUGUGUGGCCUCGCUGGCUCCACUUCCAGCCCCCAAGCCCGUGGUGAUCUCCCUGCUUGAAAGAGGGGAAGACCCCUGGAUCCCAGAUGUGCGUAGCCCUGAGGCCAUGCCAGGAGACCUCAGCCCAGCAGCUGAUGGGAUCAAAAAUGCAAAGGAGAGCCUCACUUCCCACCAGUGUAUCCACAGAAGAGAGAGACUGUACAAGUGCCCUGAGUGUGGGAAGAGCUUUAAAGAUAGUUCUAAACUCAAAAUACACCAACGUGUCCACACAGGAGAGCGACCAUAUAAGUGCCUUGAGUGUGGGAAGAGCUUCAAAAACAGUUCCAACCUCACCUACCACCAUCGCAUCCACACAGGAGAGAGACCAUUUAAGUGCACUGAGUGUGGGAAGAGCUUCAAAAGCAGCUAUGAAUUGAAGUUGCACCAGCGCAUCCACACAGGAGAGAGACCAUAUAAGUGCUCUGAGUGUGGGAAGAGCUUCAUAAGCAGUUCUGAUUUGAAGCUCCACCAGCGCAUCCACACAGGAGAGAGACCCUGUAAGUGUGGGAAGAACUUCAGAAGCCGAGAGGCCCUCACAAAACACCAGCAUGUCCACACAGGAGAGAGACCCUACAAGUGCACUGAGUGUGGGAAGAGCUUCAAAGGGAGAACCCACCUCACCAUCCACCAGCGUGUCCACACAGGAGAGAGACCAUAUAAGUGCUCUGAGUGUGAGAAGAGCUUCAUAAGCAGUUCUGAUUUGAAGCGCCACCAGCGCAUCCAUACAGGAGAGAAACCCUUUCAGUGUCCUGAGUGUGGGAAGAGCUUCAAAAGGCGUUCUGAAUUGAAGAUGCACCAGUGCAUGCACACAGGAGAGAGACCCUAUAAGUGUCCUGAGUGUGGGAAGAGCUUCAAAAGGAGUUCUGAUUUGAAGCGCCACCAGCGCAUCCACACAGGAGAGAAACCCUAUAAGUGUCCUGAGUGUGGGAAGAGCUUUAAAAGGCGUUCUGAGCUGACGCUGCAUCAGAGCAUCCACAGGAAAAAGAGACCCUGUGAGUGUCCUGAGUGUGGUAAGAGCUUCAAAGGGGGUUCUGGAUUGAAGCUGCACCAGCAUAUGCACACAGGAGAGAAGUGUUCUGAGUGUGAGAAGCGCUUUAAGAGCAGUUCUAAUCUCAGCACCCUCAAGCACAUCCACAACACACAGGCAGGCUGCAGAAGCAUCUGGACUUUUGAAAACCUUCAGAAAAUGUUCCAGCUUUGUUAUCAAACAGAACAUCUUCAAAGGAAACAGGGCCUGCAAAUGUCACAGUCAUGAGAAGUGCUUCUGCUGGAUCCACAGGCUGAUCACCACCUGUGACUUUGUGUGGUUCUGAACCUUACAAAUGCCUUGAGUAUAGGAAGAGCUCUGGGGCCAAACUAAACCUUCUGUCAGGUGGAACGUUUCUGCUGUGUCUGCAUGCAGGGAGAUGCCUGGGAACUUGUCUUUUCUCUCCCUCAGAGAAUCCCAUCUGCUGUGUUACCAGAAUGU